UCUUCAACGAGGCGGCCGCGCGGCAGUCGCAGAAAUGCAGAUCUUUGUGAAGACCCUGACGGGCAAGACCAUCACCCUCGAGGUCGAGCCUAGUGACACCAUUGAAAAUGUCAAAGCCAAAAUCCAAGACAAGGAGGGCAUCCCACCUGACCAGCAGCGUCUGAUUUUUGCUGGCAAACAGCUGGAAGAUGGUCGCACUCUCUCAGACUACAAUAUUCAGAAAGAAUCUACCCUGCACCUGGUACUGCGCCUUCGGGGUGGCAUCAUUGAACCUUCCCUCCGCCAGCUGGCCCAGAAGUAUAACUGCGACAAGAUGAUCUGCCGCAAGUGUUAUGCUCGUCUGCACCCCCGUGCUGUCAACUGCCGCAAGAAGAAGUGUGGCCAUACCAACAACCUGCGCCCCAAGAAGAAGGUCAAAUAAGACCCUUCCUUCCUUUGCCUGCAGGCAACUCCUGCCCAAGCCCCUUGACGCUGGGCCCUCAAUAAAGUUUCCCUUUCAUUGACUGAAGCAAUAAAAAAAAAAAAAAAAAAAAAAAAAGA